AUGAAAGUAAAUAAAAUAUUGUUACCAAUCAAAGCGAAUUAUUUUCUUCUGGAUGCAUGUAAGUAUUAUAUUGAUUUAAUAACAUUGUAAUCUAUUAAAAAGUACGAUAAAAAUGCAGGAAAGCCGUUUUUUUCCGAUCAUUUUUUUAUUGAAAUUUUACCAUUACUAGGCAAAUAUAAUAAAGGGUGAUAUGUUGUGUUUACGUAAUCGGGCAAAAAAAAUUUUCAUCGCCCUCUCACUUUCAAAGCCCACAAGCCACCACUGUCUUCAUGGUUUCAAAACAAUAAGUACCUAACCGGCACAUAAAUAUACUAUACGAAUUUUAAAAAUAUCCCAUAACCUAUUUAUAAACUAAGACGUUUGAUUUAUUCUACUUGUGUUACUGUAUAAAAGCAUAGUAUACGAGGUUUGGCUAUUAAAUAACGAGACCAUUGUUAUAAGUAAUUUCAUACAACGCUAAACCAUUGCUAACGAAAAAAUAAUUCUGAGAGGAGUUCAGUUGAUAGUCUUGCUUUGUCAACAAUAUAUAUGUCGUAUUAUGGUAAAAUAAUUAAAUAGGCAUUACAUAUUUCCUUUAAUAAUAUUUGUUUAAUGUACCGAUUUUCCCGUUUUCGCGCAGAAAGCGUCCCAAAAAAUGUAGGGGAAAACCGAAUACAGCGUUGGUUAGCUGGAAGUGUCUAUUAUGCCAGUACAAAAUUGGGUUUUUGUUGGUGCAUUAGUUUUUUUUCUGUAGCGUUUAGAAACGAACAUGUUUUUUUCUCUUGCCGAAAACGAUGUGUAGCGAAAAACAUGAGCAACGGGUAAACGUAAAAUUUUCUCGUCAAACAAAAANCCAACUGAGUGCUAUAAGUUGUUAAAAGAGGCCUAUAGUGAGGAUUUCCUAUCUCGGGCGCGUAUUUUUGAGUGGCAUAAAUUAUUUUCUGAAGGUCGAGAGUGCAGCGGAAUCCAAUUCAGUCGUAAUCCAAAUUCAAAACCGUUUUCUUUGAUAUCAACGGCAUCGUGAUGAUGGAAUGGGUUCCAGAGGGUCAAACUGUGAACCAACAUUACUAUUUGACAGUUUUGGCAACAAUUUUGGAAAAACAAGUCGUGGAUCUUGCACCAGGAUAACGCACCUGCCCAUAACGCGCUGUCUGUGAAACGUUAUUUGGCCGCUUAAGGCACUCUAGUACUCGAACACGCGUCUUACUCACCCGACUUGGCACCCUGCGACUUUUACUUGUUUCCGAAGAUAAAGUCUGCCUUAAAAGGAAUCCGGUUUGAGUCGAUGGAAGAGGUGAAACAAAAAUCGGCGGAACUCCUGAAUGGUCUUACGAAAACAGACUUCCAGCACUGCCUCGAGCAAUGGAAGAAACGAAUGAAACGGUGUGUGAAGAGGGGAGGAGAGUAUAUUGAAGGGGAACAUUUGGUUGUGGAAUAAUUUUUAAAAUAAAACCAUUUUUCAUAAGUAGUCUCGUUAUUUAAUAGCCAGAUAUCGUAUAAAUACUAAGUUAUCGAAAUCUUUCGAAAUUGUACAUGGAUUAUAGUUCAUUGUUUAGAAUACAUUUUGAAGGUGGGAGCUCGCUCGCAGAGUGACCUUUUCAAUAUGUUGUAUAUAAUCACUGUAGAUUAAUUACACGAUUUACUGGAUUUAUCAAGUUUCAUAGGUUUUCAGAAGUAUAGGAUUUCGGCCUAUUAUUGCGGUGAGAAUAUAAUAUUUGAGUACGCUGCCAUGUAAGAUGUUUUUGAAAACUUGUACCAAAUUUAUAUCAAAUAUAUUAUUGAGAAACAAUACGUAAAAUAUAAGAUCGCAUAAAUUAUUAAUUAUGACACUACGUCUAAAUUAUUAACCUACCUAACGAUUUUAUCGUUGGUGGUUUGUAGCGAAUGUUCAAAUAUUGACCAUCAAGUUAUUAACUAAAUAACAAAAUAGUAAUAUACUCGUAUAAUUAUUAUUUUUUUAGGCAUAGGUCCCAUCGUGGGAUUUUUGCCCACCAUAGUGAAACAAUUGGGCUACUCGGUAACGACUUACGGCGUCGUUAUGACGUUCAUGGCGUUGACAACGAUACCGCUGUUGCCUACUGUCGGUGUGAUCGUCGACAAAUUUCGCAUAAAAAAAUUUCUGAUGAUGACGUCUCUCUUCGGGGUUGGCUUCAUGACGUUUUUGUUCAUGUACGUGCCAAAGGUGCCUGUCGAAAUGACUGCAGCGCUGGAACUGACGUGUGACUGGAAAACAAGGAACUUGGUCAUCCGCAUCGGAAACGACCAGAACACCGUAGGCGAUAAAACGAUUUUCACCAGCAACGACGCCGAUUACGUGCUGUUCACGUAUGAAGUAUUACUUUUUUUUUAUAAGAAAUACAACUUUUAAAUUAUUUGUAACGCCAUCACGUUAAAACUUAAAAUCAUUAAAUUGCACAAUCCGAACGACUAUUUAAUUACCGUAUUGCCAUAAAUCUUCAAAAAAUGUUUUUCAUUAUACCGGUGUUCAAGAUUCCGACAGGUCAAUGGACUCUACAAUUAUUAAUAACAUCGAUUUUAUUUUGUACCAUACGUUCAAAUUUUAUUGGGACUGGCCACUCUAACAAAUGGUAAACUUCUCGAGGUCCCUAACAAAAAAUACUCUAUAUUAUCACUAUGAUACACUUGAUGAAAUUUUGUGAAAUCCAAUCAAAAUUGGAUAUAUACCUUCUCAAAUAUUUGACGUCACAUAGGUUUAUGUUAUUAAUUUUAUUUUUCUGAAAUUUUGGAAAUUGUUAUAGGUAAUAUGCGAGUAAACUAUAUUCGUCGUUAGCGAAAAAAAUUUUCGUUAAUACGAUCAAUUUUGUUUAAUGUUAUGUUAAAAAUGUCUAAAGUCCAUUAAUUUUGUUAUUGUAUGCAUAUUCUUAUUCUUGUAAUUACCUAUAUUUUAUACUAAUAAUAUUUACUGCGUGGAAAUAAAUUUCGUUUAAUUUACGUAUAUGUGACCUAUUAAGUAUUUAUUAAUAUGUAUAUAAGGCACACACUAUUAUGAGCUCAGGGUAAUCCAAGGUCAGAAUAUAUCGGGGCUAAAAGUAUAAUUGGGAGCAAAUGGAGGGGGAGGGUUGUUGAUCACCCUAUAAAAAAAUAUAUAUUUCAUUUUCGAACCGCCAUUACAUAUUAUCCUUAUCAUAUUCGGACGUUCAACCCCUACUCGUGCUAUAAGUUUUGAAAUAAAACGAAAUCAAUGGAGAUAGGCAUAAACUCAAAGAAAAUCGAAAUUAAUUAUUGUAUGCGAUGUUUCGCAGUUGUUGGUCUGUCGAUCUUUGGGGCCGAUCAAUUAUGACGUAAACGAUCAGACAGGCCGAUCAAACGCGAGCCGUCGAGUCGGCUCUAUCGGACAUUUAAGCAGUCGCGAUUGGGUCGACGUAGCGUUCAAAUUGAAAGACGUGAAAACCGUAAUUAUGUCCUUUUUGUUAGGUCCAUUCGCACGUUUAUAACUCUGCCGUUGUUUAGCGAAUCGUAGUAUUUUACAGGUCGGCAGUUCGUACGUUUUCAACUUGGCCUCCGUCCAUGUCAACGGUAAGGAAACACUGUCGAUCACCUGCACUCCAGGGAGUUCGUCAAUAGUUUUUCGUCCCAUCCAAUGUUCCAGCGAAGCCGUAAUGAGAUUAGCCACGGAUGCGCCGUACCUAAAGCGUAACGUUCUCGGGCUGUAUCAGUUUUGGACAAGUUUUCUUCGUCGUAAUCACGGCGUUUUGGAUUUUCCUAAAGACAACGCUCUCGUUGCAAAAUCCGAUUUGUCUGGAGACGUUGGGUAAAAUACAAUACGAUCGCGACAAAUUAUAUAAGUAAUUUUAUAUUAUUUUAUUAUGUUUUGUAUAUUUGCAGGUGACAAACCAGAAGAUUUCGGUAAACAGAGAUGUUGGGCAUCAAUAGGCUGGGGUUUGUUUUCGAUAAUCAUCGGGUGGCUCGUAGACGUGUUCAACAUCGGUAAAAACGAAAAAGAUUACUCGCCGGUAUUUUAUUCGGGCGUCGUGCUGACGAUAAUUAAUUUGUACGUGGUAACGCAAAUUAAAGUGCGUUACCCAUAAUAUUAUAAUACAUAAAAUAUUACUUUUGUCUAUAAUAUUAUGAACAUCCUUAAAGGUCGUCGAAACCAGUAAAUCAAACGUGUUAUAUUUACACGCAGGUAUAUGGAGGAAAAAGCCAAGGUCAACAACGACCGCAAUCAUCUAUUGAAGUGGAUAAAAACGUUACAAGGGUUGGUACAGGGCGUCCAGUGUUUAGACGGCGAAAUUCCAUUUUUCUUCUGGUCUGGUUGGAUAAUCAAGAAUGCGAGGCACGCCAACUGUAUGGCCCUGACGCUGGGUUGCAUGGCCAUCAAGAUGUAUCUGUACACCGUGGUCCCGAACCCCACCUGGAUCGUGUUAGUCGAACUACUCAACGGUCUGUCAUUUGCGUUAGGAUCAGCGACGAAAAUGUCAUACGCAAAAUUGGUCGCACCCCCGGACACGCUGUAUACGGUUAUCGGAUUAAUAGGAUUGGUCGACAAUAUCGGUACGUAUAAAUAUUACUAGAAAACAGAUAUAAGAUACGAUAGGUAAGUAGGUCCCAUGAAACGUUACAGACUGGGGCCGAUGACGUCGAAUGAAGAUGAAAAUAAAGACGUACGUGAAAUUAGCAUCACAUGUAUAACAUACUUUAACCAAAUAUCUCUAACAACCUUAUUUCAUACUCGUUAGACGUGUUAAAAUUGUUAGAAUUUGUUUGACUUUAUUUUUCGAGAUUUACUAUAUAUGACAACUUGGUAGCACCAAACAAAAGCUCAAAAUUACCGAAACAUGUCUCAAAAUAAUUAUAUAUGUUUGUUAGAUGAUUUGUUAUAGUAGUUAGAAAUGUUAGCCGUUUUUCCCUUUAUAACAUUUAACUAGCUGAUCCAGCAAUGCAUUUUCUAUUGCUAAAUAAUAUAGUUAUCUUGUUUGUGACAACCAAAUUGUAUUCAUGUUACCAAGGUAACCCAUGAAUAAACAAAAAUAAGUAAAUAAAAAUAAAAAAAUUGUAUCAAAAAUACCUAAAAACUUAAUUGUUGCAAUUAUCGUAGGGAUUUUUAAUUUUUUUGAAAAUAAAAUAUAUUCCAUGUUACUUUCAGUUUUUGAAUCGUUUAAGUAAUAUUUGAGCUUAUCCAUUAUCAACACACAAACAAAUCUUUUCUCUUUAUAAAUUAAAAAAAAAAUAAUAAUAAUAAUAUUAGUAUAAACAGGUGACCCGACAAUGCUUUGCAAUUGCUAGAUAAUAGUGUAAAUAAUAGUAUUAAUAAUAAUUAGUUUUAACAUAAAAAAGAGAAACUUGAAAUUUUCGUUUAACUUUUAUUGAUUUCUGAGUUAAUUUGACAUCCUAGGAUAAUGAGUAUGGGUGCAGCCUCUGUUAUAGAUAAUUUAAUGUAUACCUGUAAGCAGCAAUAAACCAUUACUUACAAAAAAAAAGAUUCUAAGCGGAGUUCAGUAGAUAGUGAUACUUUGUCAACAAUAUAUAAGUCAUUUUAUAGUAAAAUAAUUAAAUAGGCUUUAUAUAUAUAUUUUUAAUAAUAUUUGUUUAAUGUUGUACCGAUUUUCCCAAUUUUCCUACCUUUUCCCGGUUUUUUACAUUCGCUGGGAAAAUUCUUGAGAAAAUCGAAAAAUAUCUUUUUAAAGUACCUUUCUAGGGAAAUUUCCUUUUGAAAACAUUGUUAUUAUUUAAAGUCGGAGCAAAAUUGCUCGUUGAAAAAUUUUGCACAGGAAAAAAAAUAGUAAUAUUUUAGUAAUAUAAUUCAUACAUUUUCCCGUUUUUUUUUCCGGUUUUUUAAAAUGUUAUGAGAAAACUCUUGACAAAAUCAAAAAAUGACUUUUUUAAAGUAUCUCUCCACAUCCAUUUCAUUUUAGAAAAGAUGCUACACUUUGAAAUCCGAGCAAAUCUUCUGGUAGAUAAGAUGUUUACAAAUAGCAAUAAAAAAAAAAAACAUUUGUAAAAUUAUAAGCUUUUGUCGCUCCACUCAGAAUCUAAAACUUAGAAAAACGGAUAAAUGUAUAGAAAUAAUGGUUUUAUUAUUUUGGGUUUCGAUUUUUUGUUUUAAUUUAGUUAAAAAUAAUUUUAGAUACUUGACCGUUUGACUGAAAAUAUAGAUUUGCUUUAUCUAGAUGUGGUAAAAUUGUCAAAACAUUUUAACCAUUUUUGAGCUAUUUAUAGACAUUCUAAUUUUGCAUGAUUUUUAUUUGAUAGGUACCCUGUGGAUAAAAUUGUUAGGCCAAACAGAAAUGCUUAAAAAUAUAGCAUAAUUGAUUGUAUUGUAAAUUUUUUUUUUUAUAAGAUUUUAGUCUCAAAGACGUUUUUCAUUAGUAAUGAUUAAUCAUUGCGUACAGAGAUACAUUAAAUUAUCUUCUAUAUCAUACCUUCUUCACUCCACACCUACAAUGGGUCACCCAUCGUGCGAAUUUAUUUUGUUCGUCAUUUUUAAUAGUAAAGUUGUUAAGAUUAAUUUAGUACAACUAAGCUCAUAUUGUUUAGUAACGCCCAAUCGGGCAAUUUAAACAGAAGUUUAUAACAUUAUUAAUAGUAUAAAAUUGCACACGCAUUUAAUAAUACAAGAAACAAAACAAUUUCGAUUGAACAAAGUUUUUAAUCAAAUGUCUGAUAUAUGUUUGUUUGUUUUCGAUUGGCCCCCUCGUGUAACUACUAACUGCGCGACCCGGUUAAUUUUUUCCAGGAAACAUUUAAUCGCUUAUCUGAGUGUUUCGGAUAAACAUUUUAAUAGAUUAUUUUGUUCGUUGUAGGCCAGUCUUUAGGUAGUCUGUUAGGCGGAUAUGUGUUCGGUACGCACGGCGGAGUAUGGUCUUUUCGGUUUUUCAGCUCCGGCGCCGCGCUGAUGUGUUCAUUGACCAUACUGACGACUAGAAUUUUCCGACUGACCGAAAACUUGAAAAAAAGUAAUUACAUUGCAAUUACCGGCGAACAUGAAUUUUGA